AUGACGGAGAACCCGCGACGCAUCGAGGACUUAGCAGACGAGCUGAUCAGUGAUAUCCUCUCCUUUCUUCCUGGUGCAGAAGAUCUAUCCAGCACGUCUUCGCCCGUUAACUUACACGACAUUCCACCAGCACUUAAUGGGCGAGGUGCUCACAUUUACGGCGAGGGAUCUGAACUGGGUCGAUUCCGACUGGUCUGCAAACGCUUUCUUCGCAUAAGUACUCCGAGCAAGUUUGACCGCUUCAAUCUUCGAUUCUCGCGAGGAGGGUUCCGGAGAUUGGAGGAGCUCCUAGACAUGCAGCUGGCCUGCCAUGUUCGGUCUUUUACGUACAUGGUGCGACCUUUCUACCAAGGAAGCGGAUGGUCACAAUUCCUCGCCGAAAUUGAUCCAAACGAGCUCCCGUCCGUCGACGCCCAUAGAGCACGACUUCAAGAACAAAUAAAUAUCAUUGGUGGCAACCUCGACCGUGAGCUGCUGCAAAGAGCGAUAGUUGCGUUCUCGUCCCUUCAGAAGGUUAAGCUUCUUCGACUGCAGGACGAAGCAGACGAACGUUUACUGGACCAUAUGCGUGAGCAUGAACGCCGGGUGGACGAAACUCUAGCUCUGGACUGGGAACCAGCUUGCAGCAGAGCCGUCACCAACCUAGGUCUGUCCUUACUCGCGUCCAAUUGCACCUCUGUUCGUUUCGUUGGGCCUCAAAUCGACCCCAAUGCGACGGCCAAACUACUGCAGACUCCAUCAGCCACGCUCUCCAAUCUUGGGGCGCGAUUGACCUGCCUAGACGUCACUUUUUAUGCCAAGGCAGACAUAACAAGCCACAUGGACGUCCUAUCUCAGGCCUUCCAUGACUUCUUCCACGCUGCAAAGAACCUGGAGACCAUACAUUUUGGUUUCGCAACCGCCGUUCCUUUGGAUUUAUCCCUAGACCGGGUCUUUCACAAUAUCCAGUGGAAAAGACUACGCACCCUUAGUAUCCAGGGCUGGCGGCUAACGUCCCACGAAAUUAUCACGCUCGUUCGCCGUCACCGCCGGCAACUCCGCGAUAUUCGCCUCGUCGGUGUCUUCCUCCGCGGUGGGGGUCACUGGCUUGAUGUUCUCUCCGUGCUACACGAUGAAAUGGAUGAGAUAGAGCGCAUCAAUUUACGUGAAAUCAAUUACGCCAGUCAUGCUGAUGCCACCUACGGUCUUAACGGCCAUGGCAAUGGGUCAGCUGGGUAUCAGGACCCGCUUUCCAUCCUUUUUAACCAUAAUAUCAUGGCACAUACACUCUCGGGCCCUUCUCCCUCGUUCUACCACCAACCGGUUCUCAACACAGACCACCUGAAUUCUGCCUCCCGAGGCUAUACACGCCACUCGUUCCACGCCUCAAUCCUAGAAGGGCUAAGGAAUCGGUCUGUAGAUGAGCUUGGUGAUAAUGGGGUAUACGUAACACAUGAACAGAGACAACUCUGGGAGGCCUGGGUUUUGUCUAGCACACGCAAGGUUUCUCGGAGGAAGAACUAA